GAAAAAAUUGAAAAUUUGGACAGAAAAGGAAAGAAGAUGUCGAGCUUUCAGAGAUAGACAUGUUUGAGUUAAGUCGAAAGUCAAAGAAGUCAGGGGGGCUGGUAAAUGACAAAGCAAAAGAGACCUUGGACAAAAUGAGGGAAUUGCAGGCUACAACUUCAAUGACUAGCAAGGAAAUAUGCGAGCAAGAACUUGGUUACGUACCUGGACACAUCCGCGGUCGUAGUGCAACCAAGAAGCAAGCUGCUGAGGUAGAACGCUGGAGGCAUGAGAUUGAGGACAGCCGAAAAAGAGCAGAUGAAGCAGAAAAACGAGCUGCAGAAGUAACUCAACAAUUCACUGCUCAGCAAGAGUUGAUUAAGACCUUGCAACAGCAACAAACAGAAACAAGAAGCCUAUAUGAUGAGUUAGCUAACCAGCUGAAAGACUUGCGCAAAUAAGCAACUUUUGUGUCAGGUUCUAACACGAUUCCCAAGAAGAAGAAGCCAGUCAUUGCUGUGAAGAUGGUUUUUGAAUUGAAGACUACAAGGCCUAUCGUGCUCAUGUUUUGUUCUAGAUGGGAAUCGUGCUCAUAUUUUUGUAUAGAACUUUACUACUCUCUAUUGUGGAUGGGAAAUCACUAGUAUUGUAACUGAAUGGCUUAUUUUGGAUGGUGCAUGGUUUAUGACUCAUUUGAGGCAACAUUUAUAUAUAUAUGUAUUUCG